CGUCGCGACUGUGUAGUGAGUGGUGGUGUGGCCGCUCCGUCUCCUGGCUCCUCUCCACGCUUCAUCCUCUCCCCCCCGCCCUCGUCCCUCUUACCCGCUCCAACGCGUAUGCUAACCCUGGAAUAUAUAGAUAUAUAUAUGUACGUGGGCACCGUGUCGUGUGUUGUGACUCGUGGAUUGAGGCGUCGGUGAUGAAAUGAUAGUGCUGCAGGAUGUGAUCGUUUUGUGGAUGGUAUUUUUUUUACUAGCCAGUGAGGCUGGGAAGGUUUUAUCAGUGAAACUCUGGUGUACUUGAAAGUUUGCAUUGGAUACUGUGUUCACCCUCAGGGGGAAAAUUUUCUAACAGUUUUGAUUUUUAUAUCAUUUUUUUUAUAUCGAAAUUUAAAACCCCCUCUCAAAAAAAAAUAAGUAUUCAAACAAGUGAGAAUAACAACAUUAAAAGGCUAAUUGUAUAUAUCCCCUUGGCCGGGGGGGAUGAAAUGCCCCAUCCGGGUGUUGUAAGUGCCUGAGAAGUCUUGGAAGAGAGAGAGAUACAUAUAUCGGUGAGGCCCAGCAUGGAUACCAAGCAGCGAGGAGCAGUGUGUGUGGUGGUGUUGACCGCCUACCUCCUUCACGCUACUCACAGUCGAGGUGUGCCCGUGGUGACCCGUGCUGGAGGCAACGUGACCCUGGAUUGUCCUGCGGUUAAGGACGCCUAUGUACUACUGCUUGAGUGGCGCUGCCGGGGAUGUCAGCUUCCUGGCGACCCAGUAUCGCACCAGGAGGUGAGCCUGGUGGAGUACCGGUCGGAGUCGGUGACGCUGUUCCAUCACGACUCGCGGAUGUCGCUGGCUUCCGACACCUUCAGCCUCUCCUUCCGGCCAGUGCUGGCUUCAGACUCCGGCGUGUACGUCUGUCGUGUGAACAACCGCGACGACACGCAGCUGCCUGUGCGUCUCAUCGUUCAAGAAUGCUCUCCACUCUAG